CACACACACACACACACACACAGUUUAACUUACUGGUAGCAUUAUGUGAUUUUUAAACUGUUAUCAGUAGACAUCCAAGGAGGUCAAACUUCAAUGACAAUCUCUCCAUGAUAACGCAGAUAGUAGUCUAACUUCACUCAGAACUAACCCUCAAAGCACACAUCCUCUAGACAACGUGCCCCUAGUAGUCCCAUUACUCAGGAGGCUGAAGCAGGAGGAUGAAUGGUUACCCCUUCAGCCACAUAGGGAGACAGGCAGGGAACAAUCUCAAUCCCUAUGUUCUCCUGAACGGGAGCAGUAGGUCAGGAAGGGUGUGAAGGCCUUUUCCUAAUCUCAGGAUCGACUUGCUCAGGCAGCGCAAAGGUCUCCAGUGGAGAAGGCUCCACACACGCAGAAUCCAAGGCGGUGACGUCAUCAAAGGGUUAAUUCUAGGCUGGGAUGGGGGGAGGGCGGGGCACGCAGCUGUCAGGUGGCUUCGGAAAAAUAAACUGCUGGGAGUCCUGGGAGGGACAAGAGAUUACCCACCCAGAGUGUGCCCCACAAAGCAUGAGCGCUUGUCCACAUUUGAAGUCAUCACACACUCCUUGCCUGAAUUCUUUGCAGACGGGGACGAUCCGGAGCUCAACUUUCAAAAGACAGACGCCCCAACAAGCCUGUUUUGAGAAGUUCUUCAGCUGCUCACCUCAUGGGCCAGACGGCCCUGGCAAGGGGCAGCAGCAGCACCCCUAGCUCGCACGCUCUGUACUCUGACUUAUCUCCUCCCGAGGGCUUGGAGGAGCUCCUGUCCGCACCCCCUCCUGACCUAGGGGCCCAACGACACCACGGCUGGAACCCCAAGGAUUGCUCCGAGAACAUCGAUGUCAAGGAAGGGGGACUGUGCUUUGAGCGGCGCCCUGUGGCCCAGAGCACUGAUGGAGUCCGGGGGAAGAGGGGCUAUUCGAGAGGCCUGCAUGCCUGGGAGAUCAGCUGGCCCCUGGAGCAAAGGGGAACACACGCCGUGGUGGGCGUGGCCACCGCCCUCGCCCCGCUGCAGGCUGACCACUAUGCGGCGCUUUUGGGCAGCAACAGCGAGUCCUGGGGCUGGGAUAUUGGGAGGGGAAAAUUGUAUCAUCAGAGUAAGGGCCUUGAGGCCCCCCAGUACCCAGCCGGACCUCAGGGUGAGCAGCUAGUGGUGCCAGAGAGACUGUUGGUGGUUCUGGACAUGGAGGAGGGAACUCUGGGCUACUCUAUUGGGGGCACGUACCUGGGACCAGCCUUCCGUGGACUGAAGGGGAGGACCCUUUAUCCCUCUGUAAGUGCUGUUUGGGGACAGUGCCAGGUCCGCAUCCGCUACCUGGGCGAAAGAAGAGCGGAGGAACCACAAUCCCUUCUGCACCUGAGCCGCCUGUGUGUGCGCCAUGCUCUGGGGGACACCCGGCUGGGUCAAAUAUCCAGUCUGCCAUUGCCCCCUGCCAUGAAACGCUAUCUACUCUACAAAUGACCCUGUGGCACAGGGUGUGCUGGCACCCUACCGUGGGGACAGGUGGAGGCGCGCUGCUGGCCUAGACAACUUAAAAGCUGGAGCUGAGGGAAGGAGGCUGGACCCCUUCACUACCCCUUUUCACAGGAACAAGACAUAGAAAUGAUACUAUAGGCUAUGGCAGCCUUGGACAAAAGGUUUUUGAAGUAAAAAAAAAAAAAAGAGAUAUAUUGUCACAGAA